AUAUGUGCGACAGCGCAUAAYCAAUAUGGCGGAUGAAAGAGAACAAGAAGCGGAAAAGAAUACAUUGUCUUUCUUUGCAGUUGGAGAUGAUGACAGCUCGAGUUCAGACUCGGAAGUAGAAGAGGAAAUAUCGCAUAAACAAGAGAAUAAAACUACAUCGCAUGAACAGAAUGACACCAAAAAUAUAUCGCCAUCUUCCAAACUACCAUCACCGCACACUCUGUUUGCAACAGUCGGCAAACCAAAGUUUUUAAAUACCCUACAAGAAGAGRYAUUGGUUGAUUGGGACAAAUUAUCUACACAAUAUAAUCCAGCAGUUAUCACUGCUGCUCCUGUGGUUAGCUUAGAAGAUCGUGAAAAGGAUGAGAGGUACAGUGAUGCCACAAUUACUUCAACCCCCAUGAAAUAUGGMAAGGAACUCACAGACAUUCAAAAGCAUAUCGUACUGCAUGGUAAACGAGGAAGCGAUAUUCGAUUGAUGACUCACACAGAGAGUUCAGUGAAAAACAAUGGUGAGAGCAACACAAAGAAGUCAAAGACAGACCAGCUUAAACAAGACUGAAUGACUAGCACAAUGAUUCUGUAAAAGCAUUGAUAAGAUUGUUCCAAUUCUUAAUUGAAAUUAGAACUUCUUGAGCUUUAUGAGUUACUGGGAACUAACACAUAUAUUAAUAAAAAUGAUGAUGUGUGCAAGCAAAAACAUUUGAGACCUUUUUUGUGAACUUUUAUUUAUAAAUCCAUAAUAAAAUAUAUUUCUAUUUUCUUUCUCUUUAUAUAGUACCAACACUACAAGUGUGCAACAUGGCCAGAUAGAGUAUAUGCACUUAAUUUAUUAAACAAAAGGUACUUAAUACUACUAAAUAGCAUUGAUUUGACAAAAGAAAAAAAAAAUAAAUUUACUAAUAAAAUGAAGUGCAUCUACUCUAAGCAUGUGAAAUAGUCUCCUGUUAAAUGUGAGUUGUUUUCAUAAUCCAGAAAAACAAAGCAUAUUAACAGAUUCAGGAAAUAGAAAAUAAUAGUUAUUGCRUACUACAGUGAUUUUCCAUCAACUGCAAAAAAAUUGUAAGGCUGAAAAAAAAUUGUAAGGCUAUUGUUUGAUGUAGAAUUUCAAAAUCAUUUUUCAUUAGUCUAUCUAUCAACACCAACUCACACUUGACAGAAAUAUACUCCAGAAAUAUAAUGCUGAAGGGGCCAUGAAAUUUAUUCAAGCACUAAUAAUCACAAGGUUGCACACUUGUGUGUUUAACUCUUUGAGGAAACCUCUUAAAUAACAAUCAACAUGAUUAGAGAUGUUUUUAGCUUAAUGUGACCACAAAAAGAGAUGUGUUCUUCAUCACACAUCAGUAUAAACCUUCGUUGUGUGUCAAGUUGAAAUCUAAUAGUGUUUUACAAAUACUUCUUGGUUCUGAAACAUAAACCUAUGAUGUACACUGAGAUCGACAACACAACUUGGGAGGAAGSAAUGCAUUUGUUAACAAAUUGUUAUUAUCAUGAUCAAUAAAAAGUGAGAAGGCAUAGAAAUGCAGCUUUCUCUUUUGUAAAAUGA